AUGACAUCUAUUUUUUGCACUAUAUCAUACAUCAAAAAUGUUUCAGGGUCGAAUAAAAUCUGUAGUGGAAGUGCUAUAUAUAGAACUGGAACUAAUGAAUUUGGUGAAUAUAUAUUCAAGGCUUUUAGAUUUGAUGAAAUGAUGCUAGUUACUAUUGAACAGAAUACCCCUCUUAAAAUUCAAACAGCGAAAGACUAUCCGUCGAUAUACAAUCUCUCUAUAUCACCAUCUUUCAGCAUUUUUACAGCCUCAGUCCAAGACCCCAGCACUUCAGAAGAAGAUAAUGCAGUUUUUCAUCUGAAAAGAGAUGCUUAUAAUGGUGUAACUGCAUCUCAAGUUACAAUGUCUGUUUUAUGUAAUUAUCAAAACCAAGGAAACUCUAAAACCAGUAAAAAUAAUAAGUCAAUGAAAGAUAGAAAGUUAAGAAAUGAGGAGUUAGAAAAAUUAGUAGAAAAAUUUAGUCCACCCCCUAAUAAGAAACAAUCUUGCAAAGCAAAAGAGGAUAUAAAUGAGGAUCCGCAAGAAGAAAGCUCCUCGAGGGCAAAAAAAUUAAAAUUUGCUAUGAGCGAUGUUAAAGAAGAUAAGAGCACAAAAUUUCAAAAUGAUGCUAUAGACUUGACCCAAUCAGAUAAAAAUGCUGCAAACUUACAUGCCAGCGUUGAAAACGAUACUGAUGACCAAUGCACCGAUAAAGAAAAUUCGAAUAAUUCAGAUAAUAUAGAUGCAUCUGAAAUAAUCAAAAUAAAUUUAGAUGAUUGA